UCCAAAAGGAAACUUCUUCUCAAUACAGCUUUUUCAAGGAAGGAAUGGACAAAGGAAAGGAAAGCUUUUUGCCCAAAUUUUGUUCCCGAGAUUGAAAACUGUUCCGCAUCUACUCUUCACCAAGGAAAUGAGUUCUACAAGGAAGGAAAGUCUCGCCCAAAUCUUCUUCUGAAUUUUUGAACGAUCCAAGAUCUAGGUUUGUUUCCAAUAUUUGGAAGCAAUUUCUAUUCAAUUUUGAAAUUUUCGGCAUGUCGGUUUCCCCAAUUCUUCGCCAAUUACGCACCUAUUCUUCCCCAAAGGUUCAUCAUUUUUGACAAUGACUUUACCAACCAAGAGAACAUGCAGAGGAGCAGGAUCUUCUUUAUUUUCACCAGGCAAUAAGACUGAAGAAAAUGUGAAGUGAGUGAUUCAAGCAGCUUUUUUAGUUUUGACUUCUCAUUCAGUGCAUUCAAUAAUCCAGGUUUCUUCUUUAAACUCUUUUCUUAAUUUUCUUAGUCUUUUGCAUUCCAUCUUUGUAGAAUCAUAAAUACUCCGUAUAUGAAAUGGAUCAUAGUGAGGUAUUUUUGCCAGUUUUUAAGAAUUUCACACAUUGGGAGUUGAUAUAUAUAAUUCAUUUACAAUCUUUACUUAUUGCAUUGUGUUAGCUAGAUUUUACACAAAAACUAAUAUUUGAGUUGUAUUCAAAAAAGGAUGUCUGGAUUUUACAAACAUUGAAUGAUGACAAACAUGUACGAGUUAAGACUAGAGUAAUUGACACUUUAGACAAUGCUAUUGGUGUCAUAUUUGAAGAUAUUGGAUGUCGGUUGCAUAAAUCAUGUCUCGAGAUGAUAAAAAUAUUCUGAGGUAAGUAUGUAUGAUAUUAAUGCUACUGUAUAUAAUAUAUUUUUUAAUUCUCAUCUCAAUGCUAUUGUGUCAAAAAAGAUCACCGGUCCCUUUAAAAAUCACCUAUAAUUUUCAUAUGCUAUAACAGUCCAUGUGAUUCCUGGAUCAUAUAUACAUUUGCCGACCCACACUUUAAAAGAUCAUAUAUUUUAAUGAUUAGUGGAACCCAUGGUUUGAUUAGAGUGACAAUUAGGCACACGCAACUUGAAUCGUCUUCAGAGUUGAGAUAUGGUUGCUUGAUGCCCCUUAAUUGGGAUAUUUUUAAUAAUAAUAUACUGUAGGAUGUGUUUUUUUAGAUCUAAAGAUCAAUCUCAAUUUGAAACAACAUGUCUGCUUAUUAACUUAUUAUACAGUUUGAUGAUUUAUCAAUUUUAUUUGAUUUUUAAAAAUUGUCUAUUUAUGGAGAAAAUUACUGCAGUUCAGAAAAAUUUUGUAAUCUGUUGGUGUGUUCUGCCAUCAUAUUUUGUAAAGCUGAUGGUUUAUGAGGAUUAUGGUGCGGGGAAUGAGCUAUGAUAUUAUUCUAUAGUCAUUGCAUACUUCGAACUUUAUUCAACUUCAUACUUUUGUACCAUAUUUGAUUGGUGUAUGUUAAUGGAAAUAAAGUUUGAUGCAAAAUUUACUGAGUUCUUACUUGUGGAAGCAUUCACUAAUCUCUGUUUGAAACUAUCAUCCAGAAUGACGCAGGUGAAAAUAUACUACGAGAUAACCAUGUUGUAGGCAGAAAUAUACAACAUGACAUAGAGAGGAAACUUUACCAACAUAUAUCAGGUCACAUAGCAUCCCCAUGUCGUUGUUCGACCCUCAACCAUCUAAGGCAACACCUAUGGUGGAAUGUGGACUAGAUCGAUUCUUGGCGCAAAGGCUAGGUUUGGAACUCUAGCCACCGACUUUGUAAUCUGACGAUACAUCGAUGGGGCAUAAGCUAGCAGAGGUGACAACAAGUCCGAGCUAGGAUUUUGAGCCUAGCCUCGCCCAUGGAGGAUACCAGUGCAGCACUUACAAGUUACAAUGCAGAUUCAAAAAAGAGGUAACACUUCUUUUUUUUUAUAUGCUAAGUUCUUUUUAUAAAAAAACUCAUUGGAUCUUCAAAAAUUGGAGACCGAUGGUGAAUGGGUCUCCCUUAACUUUUGUUUGAAUUUCUUAAUAUAGUUGUUAAUAUUUGGGAAUUGGUUUUGAAAUUGAAAUGCUUCUUCCUCACCUUCUUCUCACCAUGCCCAUAAAUAUCCCUUUUGUUCUUCGUUGUGCUGUACGUAUCAAUGGUCUCCCCGCCAUCAUCACCGUCUUUGUCAACCGCAUCUUCAUUCUCUUCCUUUUCUUCAAAUUCGUGCAGUACGAACCUACCACCUUUAGUCCAGGUUCCCCUCCUCAGUCUUGACACCCCUGCAGCAGAUGAAGAAACGAGUAGUUUGGGAAAAAAAGGUUGUGAAAAACGUAAUCGUAAACGUAAACGAGUCGUUGACAAGCUACUUCAAUUUUGUAAAAAUGGCAAACUUCAGCGGGGCUGCAUGAAAGAGGUUGCUGCAGAAUUCAACAUCUCAGCCAAAACAGUUGGAAAGAUAUGGAGUAUAGCUAAGACUCAAAUGCUGGGAGGCCUACCUGUGGAUGUUCAGUGCAAGUGGAUAGGGAAUUCUGGAAAGAAAGGGGUGACUGUUGACACGCAAAAAAUGUUAGCAGUACCCUUUCACAGAAGGAAGAACAUGGGCGCCUUAGCCUAUGCAAUGGAUGUUUCAAAAUCAACAGUCCAAAGGUGGCUAAAGGGCAAAGCCAUAAGAAGACAUUCUAAUGCCAUCAAGCCUUUUCUGUGUGAAAAAGGGCCUGUAGGCUCUGCAAAGAGGAAUUCCUCCUCAGACAUUUCCAUUAUCUCCGCAGAGGUCACCGAUUCCCCAUCUUCCUCUUCAUCCUCUUCUUCUCCGUAACUCCGUUCAGGACCAGGAAAAACCAAUUAUUGAAGUUGCUGCUGAGAUCCACCAGAAAGAGCAAACAAACCAAAGAAACUUAAAUCACCAAACUUUGGCCUAAUUGAUUAUACAUGACCCGCAGCAAACCAUAGAUUUUGCUUCUUGCUGCAAAAUUAAUCCAAGCAGCUGUACGAACAAAAACAAUAACGCACAAUUGAAGGAAAUACCCACAAAUAGCAGCAGACCAAAAGAAGACAAUUAUCGCCGCAGCACACAAAACCCAGAAUAAUUGGACAGAACAAUA